CCUAACGGAAGCUUCAACACGUCUUUCAUUGUAGUUCUGUUCCGGAAACGGACUGGCGGUGUAAUAUGCUAAUGAACAUGCUUUUGUAACAGAUCAAGAUAUUUAACACCGAAAUGCCAGCAGAUGGUAGUGAGGGCCAAGACCUCCCGGUGCUGGCGAGCCCUGGAUGCUCUGCUAACGCCAGAGGGACAGAGACGGGGGAUGAACAUGGACCUGGAGGACGGGUUGUUGGCCCUGACUGGCUGGCCACCUCGGAGCCGGAGCUGCAGGCACGGCCACGAACCUUGGUCCAUAUUGACCGGCAGCAGAUCCAGGCUGUUUCUCAAGGGGCACAGGAUGCCGAGCUUCAGGGGCUGGGCGUGGAUGUGUAUGACCAGGACGUGCUGGAGCAGGGCGUUCUGCAGCAGGUGGACCGGGCCAUCCAGCAGGCCAGCCAGGCUGCAGCACGAGCAGAGGCCCAGAAGGAGUACGAGAGCGUCCUGGACGACCUGCGGUCCUGCACCAUUGCGUUGAAACACAUCAAUAAGAUCAUCGAGCAGCUGACCCCCCAUGCAGCCUCCAGCAAAGACAUCAGCAGGAGGAUGGAGUCUGUUAAACGGCAGAAGGAGAACAAGGAGAAUCAGCUGAAGAAGAUAAGAGCCAAGCAGAAACGACUACAAGCCAUCCUGGGAGGAGAUGAUGUUCAGAGGAUGGAGGCUGAGCUGCUGGUUGAAGGAGAUGAAGAACCGGGCCCGUCCUCACUGGGCAGCAUGCUGAUGCCUGUGCAGGAGACGGAGUGGGAGGAGCUGAUCCGCACGGGUCAGAUGACACCCUUCGGUACCCGUGUGCCGCAGCGGCCCGAGAAGAAGGAGCCCAGGAAGGUGAUGCUCAGCGAGGGCUCGGGGUUUGACCGCUACCUGGCUGACCAGGCCCUGAUGGCCAUCAACAGGAAGAAGCCGGCGGUCAAGAAGAGAGAAUCCCGUCACCCCGGUAACGACACUGCGGGGGAUGGCCGCACAUCAGUGAGGGACCGGAAGCUGCAGAAGCGCAUGCGGAAGCUGCAGAGGAAUGCACUGCGGGCGCACCAUAAAACCAAGGCCAGCAAGGAAUGGGAACACCUCCCCUCGAAAAAAAAGGGACCCCGGGACUCCGAUAGCGAAGGUUCAGAGUACGUGCCCAGCGACGAGCUCAUGGACCCAGAUGAGCCGGACCGCGACGAGUUCAGGGUUGAUGGGGAUGAGGAGUACGAACUGAAGCCCUAUGUGGGGAAGGCUGAGAAGAAGGCCAGGAGGCCCAGGAAGGUCCCUGUGAAUGAAGAAGACUACCCCAGCAGCUCAGAGGAAGAGGAGGUAUCGAAGAAGGGUGGCGUGACGAAGUGUAAGGAUGAUGGCGAUAUAGACGUGUACAAGCAGAGGAUAAGGAGGUGGAAGCGUGACCGGCUCAAGGAGAAGGAGCAGAAGCGGCAGCGGGGGGAGGACGAGUCCGAAGACACAGACGCUGAGUUUGACGAGGGCUUUAAGGUGCCCGGGUUCCUCUGGAAGAAGCUGUUCAAGUACCAGCAGACCGGGGUCCGCUGGCUCUGGGAACUGCACUGCCAGCAGGCGGGAGGCAUUCUGGGAGAUGAGAUGGGGCUUGGGAAGACCAUUCAGAUCAUCGCCUUCCUGGCAGGCCUGAGCUACAGCAAGAUCAGGACCCGCGGCUCGAAUUACAGGUACGCCGGCCUGGGGCCCACAGUCAUCGUGUGUCCAGCCACUGUCAUGCACCAGUGGGUGAAGGAGUUCCACAGCUGGUGGCCGCCGUUCCGAGUGGCCGUUCUUCAUGAAACUGGCUCCUUCACCAAUAAGAAGGAGAAGCUCAUCCCGGAGAUCGCGGCCAGCAACGGCGUCCUGAUUACCUCCUACUCCUACGUGCGCAUCAUGCAGGACUACAUCCAGAAGUACGACUGGCACUACAUCAUUCUGGACGAGGGUCACAAGAUCCGCAACCCUCACGCUGGGGUCACGGUUGCCUGCAAGCAGUUCCGAACGCCUCACCGCAUCAUCCUAUCCGGCUCGCCCAUGCAGAACAACCUAAGGGAGCUUUGGUCUCUCUUUGACUUCACCUUCCCGGGAAAGCUGGGAACCCUCCCCACCUUCAUGGAGCAGUUCUCUGUGCCCAUCACCAUGGGAGGCUACUCCAACGCCUCCCCCGUGCAGGUGCAGACGGCCUACAAGUGUGCGUGCGUGCUGCGCGACACCAUCAACCCGUACCUGCUUCGGAGGAUGAAGGCCGACGUGAAGACCAACCUCUCUCUGCCUGACAAAAACGAGCAGGUUCUCUUUUGCCGAUUAUCUGGAGAGCAGCGUCAAGUCUAUCAGAAUUUUUUAGAUUCCCGAGAGGUGUAUCAGAUCCUGAACGGAGAGAUGCAGGUCUUCUCAGGCCUGAUCGCCCUCAGGAAGAUCUGCAACCACCCGGACCUGUUCUCAGGCGGCCCCAAGAUGCUGCGCGGGAUCCCGGAGGAGCAGCUCACCGAGGAGGAGCGUUUCGGCUACUGGAGGAGGUCUGGAAAGCUGAUCGUGGUGGAGUCCUUACUACGGCUAUGGUUCAAGCAGGGCCACCGGGUGCUGCUCUUUACACAGUCCAGACAGAUGCUGGAGAUCCUGGAGGUGUUCGUGAGAGAAAAAGGAUACACUUACCUCAAAAUGGACGGCACCACCAGCAUAGCCUCGAGACAGCCUCUGAUCGCUCAGUUCAACGAGGACGCGUCCAUUUUCCUCUUCCUGCUGACCACCAGAGUUGGCGGCCUGGGUGUGAACUUGACCGGUGCCAACAGGGUCAUCAUCUACGACCCGGACUGGAACCCCAGCACGGACACUCAGGCUCGGGAACGUGCCUGGAGAAUCGGUCAGAAGCUGCAGGUGACUGUGUACAGGCUGCUAACCGCCGGGACCAUAGAGGAGAAGAUCUACCACAGACAGAUCUUCAAGCAGUUCCUCACAAAUCGAGUGCUUAAAGACCCCAAGCAGCGACGCUUCUUCAAGUCCAAUGACAUUUACGAGCUGUUCACGCUGAGCGACCCCGACGGCUCGCAGGGAACAGAAACAAGCGCCAUAUUUUCAGGUACCGGUUCCGACGUCCAGGUGCCUAAGAAGCCCACUAAGAGGAGAACGCCUCCGCAGUUGAGCCCGAGGUGUCAGAAUGGGACCAUAGACCCGAAGGACCUCCCGCCGGAUGUGUCAAGAAGCGGUGUGACCGCUUUCCGAGACGCGAGCGGAUCGAUGGUGCCCAACGGCUGCGGUGCCAGCCCCGAGGGCGAGGGGAGUGUGGGGGUCGCCGGCAACCCCCAGAACCUCCCUCAGAAACAGAGGGAGAAACGGAAGCACUGCGAAUCCAAGGGCCGGGUCGCCAAACACAGGGACGCCCGCUUUGAAGGACAGCGCAUCCCGCACCUAGUGAAGAAGCGGCGAUUCAAGAAAGCCAGCAAUGAUGAUGACGAGGAGGGUGGGCGGAGCAAAGAUGACCAGAGGAAGAGCGACGACUACGUCUUGGCCAAACUGUUCAAGAAGUCAGGCAUCCACAGUGUGAUGAAGCACGACACGAUCAUGGAGGCCUCUAACCCCGACUACAUCCUCGUGGAGGCAGAGGCUGAGCGCGUGGCAAAGGAUGCCCUCAGGGCCCUUAAGGUGUCUCGCCAGCACUGCAGGCUGCCCUUCGCACGUGGCCCUGCACGCGAUGGCGGCAGCUGUCCACCGGGAGCGCCACCUCCUUCCAGCAGGAGAUUUGGCCAAAGGAAGAAUCCCAUGUUAGCAGAGAGCCAUGCUCUUGUGGAGCGCUCAUCUGACAAAUGCAAGGAUGCCGCCGUCAUAAAGAAGCUCUGUGCUAAGAAGGGCCGCCCCCCCAGCCACUUCAGUGGACAGGAACUGGAGGAAGAUGCCACUUCCACAGUCCUCUCAUCAUCCUCCCUGCUGGCCAAGAUGAGGGCCAGAAACCAUCUGAGCCUCUCGCAGAGCUUGGAGGAGGAGGAGGAGCAGCAAGAUGAAGGCAGCGUGGCUGCUACGCAGGUCCCCACAGAGCACGACGAGCUGCUGGUGGAGCUGAGGAACUUCAUAGCCUUCCAAGCCCCGGUCGACGGGCAGGCCAGCACUCAGGAGAUCUUGGCCCAUUUCAGCCCCAGGCUGUCGGCCUCCCAGACGGCGGUCUUCAGGGAGUUGCUCCGGAACCUCUGUCAUUUCCACCGCAGCCCUGGCCAAGAGGGCAUCUGGAAGCUUAAAGUUGACUUUCGCUAAGGUGCUGGCCGUGUUGGCACAGUGCUUGCGUAUGCUUUGGUGCUGCUCUAAACACAGUUUGUUUGGACUCUGCUUGAGCGUUCCUUUGAUGCUAGUAAUCAAGGGUUGUCGAGUAGAUGCCAUAAUGAAAACUGCACAAACCCAUGUGCCAUUUGCUCAGGUUAGACUGCAGAUGAACAUGAAACUCCAUUAUGGAAUAUCAGCCAUGGUGAACUUGACUUAGAACUAUUCCACAGACUGUUUUAUAUACUUGAAUGUUCAUUGUAAAUUAAUUUUCGUGCUUAUGAACACUUAAUGUAGUUCCUUCCUGAUGUUUUUCUUGAAUUUUAUAGACAUGUUGUAUAUACAUCUGAGUGACAGCCCUGUCAUGACACUGAUCAGUCUACCUCUUACGUCUCCACCCUGUUACAUAUAAUGCAACUGUGAGUCUCAUAGAUGCCUAUUUAAGAUUUAAAAAUAAAUAAUAAGGGCACUAUGGAA